AUGCAACACCACAACGAGAGUGGAGGGGACUGGACGGAGAGACUGAAUGACCACAGCCCCACUGCCGGAGAAGAGAUGCUGUCCCUGUGGAUUAUUUUCCUCCUCGGCUCCGGCGUCUGCGCCAGGAAGCAGCACGCGGACACUGACGGUGAUGAUGAGUCGUGGCCGGAGAGCGUUUCCCGGGCGAGGUGCGCGUCGCGGUGCCUCAGCCUGCAUAGCGUGGCCGCGCUGACCACAUCGCAGCAGAAUAAUGGAUCAUUGGGCUGGUGUCAGAAUCAUAAACAGUGUGCAAAGUGCCUGGAGCCCUGCAAAGAAUCCUGGGAGAUGAAGAGGAAAAGCAACUGCAGAGAGAUGUGUGAGCGGGUGUUUCCCAAGAAGCACUGGGAGUGCGUGACCAGCUGUGAGUUCCUCCAGUCGGUGCAGGUGAUGAAGCAGGGCAGCUGCCCGCCUCCAGAGCGAGCCAGUGGCUUCGCGGCUGCAUGUGUAGAGAGCUGCGACCACGACCGGGAGUGCUCGGCUCAGAAGAAGUGCUGCUCCAAUGGCUGUGGCCACACCUGCCAGUCUCCCAAAGAUCUCUACAAGGGUGCUCCUCUGAAGCCAAGGAAGGAGCUGGGCUUUGAGGAGCUCUCCUCCGGUCUGCUGGAGGUGCGCUGGUCGUCCCGCUUCAACAUUUCAGCCGACCCCGUGGUCUACGUCCUGCAGAGGAGGUGGAACUUUGGCAUCCAGCCCAGCGAGGACGCCGCCACCUCCUGGCAGGUGGUUGCACAGACCACGGAACAGGGAGCAAGGCUGUCCGACACCCGGCCCGGACGCUGGUACCAGUUCAGAGUCGCGGCUGUCAACACACACGGGACCAGGGGUUUCACCACGCCCAGCAGGCACAUCCAUUCCAGCAGAGACCCCUCCAGUCCUCCGGCUCCCACCGAGCUCCGAGUGGCCAACAUGAGCUUUGGCCCCGGCAGGGCGGUGUCUGCCAGGCUCCAGUGGAGUGUGCCCGAUGACCUGGAUGUCCCCAUCCACCACUACAAGGUCAGCUGGAGCUGGACUGGAGUUGGACAGUCCUCAGCUUCGUCCCUGACUAAGAGGAGGAAGACAGUGAGAGCGAGCCAGGUGGAGCUGGACAGCAUGCGGUCUAACAGGAGCUACAGCGUGGAGGUCCAGGCUGUGUCCUACUGGGGACAAACACAGCUCAAAGGGCCCCGAGCCGUCCUGCACUUCACCACGCAGCGCGGUACGUCUCUCUGCACAAUCACACUGCAGACUUUGGUCUUUAAAACAGCUGCAAGUUCAACCGCCGGUUCAGCUCCCAGCAAACCUGCAGGCGACACUCUGGACGUGGGGACGCCAUUCUACCAGGACGGACAACUCCGGGUUCAUGUCUACUGGCAGAGCAGCACCGAUCCUUCGGUAGAAUUCUACAGAAUCCAAUGGGGACCAGAGUACUGUGCGCACAACCAGACCAGACCCCUGGAGAAGACGAGCACACAGGAGAGCUUUGUGAGCCUGCAGGGUUUGCUCUUCGCCUGUAAGUAUAAAGUCCUCCUGCAGCCGGUCAGCAAAAGGGGUCGUCCUCUGGCAGAAAGCACCAGCUUCUUCACUCCCUCCUGUGCCGCCAUCCAGAACAAAAGUCCAAAAGCUAUCACCUGUCCUGGAGAAACAGCAGUGUCCCCUCAGAAGGUCCUGGUGAAGGCAGCCAACCUGACGGCGUCCUUCGAGGUCCUGGGAGGAAACGUGACGGCCAUCUUCAGCUGGGAUUUGUCUAGGGUCCCGCUCCACCCGCAGCUGACUGGUUACCAGGUGACCUGGGCCGAGGUCAUCCCUACUAACCGCCACAACAACAAUAACAACAAGUUGCCCCACAGCCUCAUCUCCCAGUCCCAGAUUCUCCCCCCGGAUGGUAAUGUGCUGGUGGUGUCAGGCCUGCACCCUGCCAGUCUGUACAGGCUGGAGGUCCAGGCCAUCACAGCAGAGGGUGAAGGUCCUGCAACCAGCCGGACCUUCCAGACUCCUGGAUACCAAAGUGCCACAAAGCACAGAUCCAAGCUGAGGAAGCAUCACCACAAGCAGCCAAUCAUGGAGAGGCACUGAACCCAGACAGCCAACCAGCCUGCAUGAACCAAGUCCCCCAACCUCAGGAUAAUCAAUAAUCCACAGCAUCACCAGCUUCAUGGUCCAGAUCAAUUCUCCAUCACAACCAAUGUUAAAGCUGCUACACAUACUGAUGUCAAUGAAACCAUCACUGAC